AUUGGGGGAGCAACUGCCGCGGCCCCUGCUCCCCGGGGCGCUCCUCACGUCCCUGCGGGGGACGGCGGGUAGCGCGGUCCCCCGUUCAUGGUGGUUUAGUGGUGUGCUGUGUUGGGGAAGCGGAGCACUGAAGUAGUUAUGGCAAUACUGAGUGGGUGAAACAUAAAACCCCUUGUUGUACCGCAGUUGUAACCAGAGUUGGUUAUCUGUGUAUGUUAAGUGGAUGCUGUGUUACAUAUUUAAAUAAGGUGGCCCAACAGGUCAAAUAAAGUGUGAUUAGCCCCAGCAGACUGCUAGGCCAUGCUGGAGAAAGUGCAUCAGCAGAGAGUAGUGUGUAGUUCAGCUUCCUCUGUGUGUGUCUCACAGUUUGAGACGUCGGGCAUGGUCGCUGUUUCUGUGGUCAGUGGCCUUGUCUGGAAUUGUUUUGGCCCCCCUCUAUAAAUUUUCGCAGCUGUUUUUUGAAUCGCUAUAAACUCACAGCUUCCUAAAAAACUCUCGGCAUGGAACUGGAUUUCUCAGUGUUAACUGUGUGUUUUAUUUUGUUACUUUUAAUUUGUCACCAGCUAGUAUCAUCUGAUGCCAUCUUGCUUCCGUACUGAAAGAGGUAGUUAGCAGUUGUCCCCUGUGCACAUUCUCAGAGCCAGUCGAGGUACUCUACAGUUGUGUCAGGUCACUAACUUCGAUGCAGAAGAGUUCUAGUUUACAUACUUGUUUCUUAGUUGAGCGUUAAUGAGUGUCUGAUUUUUUUGGCCCUUUCCUUUCUACCUGCAAGUGGGUUAAAUUCCAGGGCUAGGGCCAGGAGCUCCUUUCUUUGCUUCAGUUACAGGUGUGGUGUUCAGGUGUUGCUUUGAAAACCACCGUUAAAGAAUAUUGCAUAAGCUCUGGAGGUAAAAGGCUAAUAUGUUGUGCAUUGAUACAUCACCUGAAAUCAGUAGCGCAUUACAAUUGAUGGUCGUAUUGUAAUUUAGUCAUUUGUUCCUGUUGACAGGGUGGUGAUUAAGUAGUGCUGUAAAUCAGAGCUAAAAUGAAAGAAACAAAAGGGCAUAGAGGAACUAUUGUUAGAGUUUCUAUUACUAUUACAAGUUCAGUCAUCCAAAUACUAAUAAUGUGAUUAUUUGUUUUCUAAAUUAUAUCCUUACAAAUGGCUUUCCUCACGUGCUUGUACCUACCCAGUAAUUCUUGUCCCAUGUUGACCUAUAGAGUGUUUCAGAAGGCUGUGUCUGAAGCUUUCUAGUCCUCAACAAUAUGAGAAAAUGAUUGUUCUGUGAAAAAUAUUUGCUGUCCCAUGUGGGAUACUUAAUGCUGUCUUGAGAAAUGAAUACACAGAUAACUAAAUGGGUCUUCUAAAUAUGGUGACAAAUAUUAAUUCCUUUUGAGACUGUGGAAUUAGUUAAUAGCUGUGCAAUAUUCAGAAAUUCUACUUAGGAGUUAGUACUGUUUUGCUACAUGGGUGCUCACGUAUAAGAAAAACUAAUGCCUGAAAACCGCUUUCCUAGAUUUACUGGGGUAAGUAUAUAGGGUAUGCAACAGUAAAAAUAUUUAGGAGAACACAUGUUUUAUUCUGUUUUAUGAUAAUUUAGACUUUUGGUUGAAGUAGCAGAGAAACCCACUAGUUCUCUGUGGAAGAGUCAUUUGUGUUCCUUGACGCUGGGUCAGGGAGUGUCAGAGGUGUUCAGGAGUCUGUAGACUGACACUACAAAAUUAAAUUUGAAGAGGAAAACAAGAACUUCAAAGCAGUUAGUGCCUGAACAUUAGGCCUUUUGUGUUUUGGCUACACCUAUUUGUAUGGGAGAAUAAAAAUGCAGGUUUGGUUGCUGUUUUCAUAGAAUCACAGAAUGGUUUGGGUUGGAAAGGACCUUAAAGAUUAUCUAGUUCCAAUCCCCUGUGAUAGGAAGGUCGCCUCACAUUUGGCCAGGUUGUAAAUCUCUCUCCGGAUUUCUUGUAGGCCCCCUUUAGGUACUGGAAGACUGUUACAAGAUCUGUCUGGAGCCUUAUCUUCUCCAGGCUGAAAUUUUAAAAUCAAACCCCUAGAGCAGCAGAGUGUGUUUUUCACUGGCACAGGAGCGUGCUGCACUGAAGAGAGACGUUUAUGACAUAGGAGAAAUGAUCGAGUCAGUCAAAGUAAGAAGACAGUGCAUGCUGGAUUUCUACUCACAUUAUGAACAUCUUUGUGCUCUUCAAGGCUCUGUCCCACUGAAAGCUGUGAAGGCUAACCUGAGUCAGGGUGCUCUUGAUCUGAUUGUAGAUCGCAUCAAAGCUGCUGAUUGGACACCACUUCUCAAUGCUAUCAGGCAUAAUAAGACUCUGACUUCUAUUGGAAUAAGAACUUUUCAUCAACAGGGUCUUGAAGAAUCAGGUGUUGAAAGAUACAAAACUUACUUUAGAAGGAGAAUUCCAGCAAUUCGAUCAAAAGACUUGACUGGCCAACUAUGCAAAGCUGUCAAAUGCUGUCUCAGUAUAUCAGAUGUACUAAAAAAUUUAGAACUGCAGGGUUUGCUUCUGAGGGAGAGAGAUCUAAUACUUUUAACAAAGGGCUUGGCCACAGCAUCAUCUCUGGAGAGUGUCUCUUUUGCCCACUGUCCAAUUGGAGAUGGAGGAUUAGAAACAAUCUGUCAGAGUGUAAAGAAUUCAGCUAAUAUCAGAUAUGUAAACUUCACAGGAUGUAGCCUCACAUGGCGAGGGGCAGAACAUAUAGCAAAUAUAUUGAAGCACCAGGCAAUGAAAAGACAUGGAGAAGCUUGGGCUGAAAGCCUGCGAUAUAGGAGACCUGACCUGGACUAUAUGACCGGCUUGAGGCGUGUUACUUUCAACUGCAACAUGCUUGUUGGAGAUAAAGGAGCAAGUGCCUUUGCAGAUUGUCUAGGAGAGGACCUCUGGCUAAAAGCUCUUGAUUUGCAACAGUGUGGAAUAUCUAAUGAAGGAGCAAGGUCAUUAUUAGAUGCUCUUCAAACUAAUACAACAUUAGUGGUACUUGACAUAAGAAAAAAUCCAUUAAUUGAUCACGUUAUGAUGAAAAGCAUUAUUGAGAAAGUUCUUAUGAAUGGAAAUAGUGCUAAUUCGGAGUAUAAGUGGCUGAUGUCUCCAUCUUCCAAGGAUGUUUUGAAAACUAGACCAAAGAAAAGAACUAUUGUCCUAGGAAGUGGUCGAAAAGGAAAAGCUACUAUUCGUAUUGUUGUCUGGAAGCAGAGAGGGUUACCAUCUAAAAAGUCUGUAAGUCCUGGGAAAAAAAGUGUGUCUGUGAAAGACAUUUACUCACCAAAACCACUACCACCGGGCACAAAAGGCUUCCUUCCUUGGCGGACUGCAGAACGUGCAAAGAGAUGCAGAGGAGGGCCAGUGGAUACUACUGAAGAAUUACCAGUGAAGAUUGAGACAGAUAUUCCUGUGAAAGUGACAGUGGAAAGUGCUUCUACAUCUGAAACCGAAGAUACAGAAGAUUUAGAUGUUGUUAUCCACUACCCUGAUUUGGCAAAAUCAUUAGAUAAGAUUAACGUAACAAAGUAUCAACAGCUACAGGUGGAGCUGGAGCAAUGCAUGGAAAAACUAAAGGAAGAACAGAGUGCCAGAGUAAAGGCUGAGGAGCGGAUAACGGAGCUGGAAAUUGAAAAUGCAAGAUUAAGGAAUUUAAAUGUCUCCCUGUCUGAGGUUCUUCAUGCGCAGUCAGUAACCAACAUGAUUUUGGAAGAUGAAGGUGUUCUAGGCAGCAUUGAGAGCUCUUUCCAAAAGUUUCACGCUUUUUUAGACCUCCUUAAAGAUGCUGGACUUGGACAACUUGCUGUGUUGGCUGGGAUAAACCAGUCAGAUUUUGGUCUUUUGGGGCAUCCGCAAAUGAAUUCUACUCUCAGUAACCCUGCUAACAUGCUAGAGGAGAAGUCUUUUGAAGAAGAAAGACAUGAACAUAUCCAGAAUAGCAAAAACAGAGCUGGGGACAUCCAAGCUUCUCUUCCUGUCACAUUUCAAUCCCAGAUGGCUGUGAACAGUGCCUUCUCUGCUCUUAGGGAAAUAGAAGAAAUUCAGACUUCUGGGCAGCAGUACCAGCCCAGCUUACAGAACGAAAAUGAAGCUCAAAUAAUUCACCAAAACAGAGAGUAUAAACUUCAAAAUAGUACUCCAGCAUCCCCUGAGAGGAGAGUCAAGCAAAAUGAACAAGCAAAAGGACAUCAAUCAGCAAGGCAAUUGGUUACCAGUUGGCAUUCAUUUUCUGAGUCCAGUGUACAUAUUAAAAGUAAUAGUAGCAAAAUACCCAGUGAUGCUUCUGGUAAAAAAACCAAAAAUUGUUCCUCAAAUAAAUACAUCCCCAGAGCGAAUGAAAUGGCAAUUCCAAAUGAUGGUUCAAGUGGAGACCAAAGCAGACAGCAGACAGUAAACCGCUCUGGAACUGACACUGUUGGAUCUGAUUCUGAAAUACAAGGAAGUAUCAAAGGUCUUACCAGUAUUUGAAAUGGUUCUAAAAUGUUUGGACUGUUUUUCACACUUGCAAGAUUAAAAACAAAUUUUGGAUGCCUCAGUAUAGUUUGUGAGUUUUUUGUAAAGUAAUGUAGACUUUGUAACCUUUUAAAGCGUUGCAUGCUAUUUAGUAUUCCUGUUCCAUGUUUGCAUCACUUGUUACUAGAUUUUUGUUUUUGGGAACGUGAUACACUGGUAGAAUGGUACCCUUCAGUUUGUACUACAUACAAAGGAUUCCUGGCAUAUGGAUUUUAUUGUGUAUCACAGAUCUCAUUAUAGAGUGUAAACUGUCUUGAGCUAAUAAAAUUAAUUUGAUUACA